AUGCCUCCCGCGCAGCUUCAACCGGGAGCGCCCCAGGUGGUCGCUCCGGCGCCUGCGGUCCCUCUUCAGUCGCCACCGCCUUCGGAGCUGAUGGACGUCGACCCCUCAGCCGGGCCGCCUUCCCAAGCGGUGGCUGUGCAGCCUGUCCUGCAGCCGCUUUCCUUGGGCACCCCCAAGGAGUCUGACACCGCAGCGCCUUGUCCGGCGCCCACUCAGCAGCCGUCGACGCAGCGUCAGGAGACGCUGCCUCUCUUCGUGGGUCCCGACGCCCCGUCGCGUCCAGUACCAGAAGCUGCGCCCGUGGUCACAGGCGUGCACCCUGACCUCGGUUUUCAGUCCGUGUUUCCCAAGGCCCCGCGCAGCCAAUGCUGGGGAGUGGACCGGGGACUGCCACCGACAACAGUCUCCGCCCCGAUUAUACCUAGUGAUUCAGGAGCACGUUCGUGA